UGAGUAGCGUUGCCAAUCAGAGAACAGCAUUCGUGAUAGAGCACCAGUAGAGCUAUAGUAAUGUAUGUUGUACUGUGAAAAGGAUAGAUAAUCUCUUUUGUCAAGUGAACCUUGUUGUAUCAUCUCUCCGUCCUUUUUCUUACGGAUGGUCUUACUUCAGUCCUUCAUUUAUCGUACAAACUUCUUGUUCGCCUCGAAGGAACCAAGCAAGGUGCCCCCUGGGCGUCCUAAAGAAGGACCAAAAGAGCCAGCCUGGAAAAAGGAAGUCAGAGAAGCUCGGGAGAAGAAACAGCACACGGAGCCUGAGAAGGCGCCUGCGUUAUUAUCGCCCAAAAGCGACGCGGUAGAGAAGCGAAAAUCCCUGAGAGAUGAGGCCCAGGUGCCACCAGUACAGAAAGUAGAACCUUUUACCACAGCACCAGGUGAAGUAGAGAAAUUACGAAAAGAGGUUGCCGAGCUACGCGAGAUGAUCAGUAAAAUGGAUAAGAAACACAGUGAAGAUAUAAGGAGACUGGAUGAUAAAUUCGCAAGCGAGAUAGAGACGCUUACAAAUGACUUUGACGAAGAAAGAAAACGCAAUGCGGCACUUCAAGUGGAAAUUGACAGAAUAAAGCGGCGCAAGCCUCGCCAAGAUUCUUGAAAAUUAGCUGGAAGUUUCUAAUAGAAGAUCUCCAAUCUCCAACAUCUUUAGGUCUGCUUUUGUUACGGAGGUAACGUGAUCAAUUUAGGUAAA